AUGGGUCAAGAUUCACAGGAACUAGCCAGGAUGGAGAACGAUGCGAACAAUCCAGCUUUCCUCAGUGCUAUCCACAGCGAACCUGACAACCUUGCCUUACAACAGCUUCUAUCUCACAUUCCUCUUCUCCAUCAGGAAAACAACAAAGCACGAGAAGAAUAUUUGAAACUACUUCCUAAAGUUCUAUUUGGUUCCAUUGAAGACUCUGACUACUUGUAUCAAUGUCGGCAAAUAAUAUCACUAGCUUUAGUACAUCCUGCAUUUCCACAUGAGGAUCGUGAAAAACUCAAAUUCUGGUUAUCUCGAUUAGAAGAAAAGAUGCCGAAACAAUUGCUGAGAGAAAUGGAACUCUUACUCAUCAACCAUACCAUCAAUUACGAUCCAUGA